GAUGCUCGCUUCUGAUUGGCCCAACAACGUGGGGAGGUGGGACGAACGUCCCAGUGUUUACAACUUGACUUUGACACCACCUCCGUCCGUCAGUCCUUCGACGGGUGGCGACAAUAAGUUUAGCUGGGAACAGGGUGCAAGAGUGGACGUCAGGGUCCAUUAUCCUGGGUCAUUUUUGGAUUUUGUCAGCAGAACGGAGGUUUGACAGCAGUGCUGCCCGAGAUCUAGAAUGGCUGCUUUACAUCACCUGAGGCAGUACCACCCCUUGUGCAUUGCUGUCUCUAAGCUUCACACGAGCAGCCAUGCCUCUGCCAAACAGCAUUACAAAAUGCUUGUGCUCGGAGGAGGAAGUGGAGGUAUUACAAUGAGUGCACGAAUGAAGAGGUUAAUGGGAGCUGAGAAUGUGGCUGUUGUGGAGCCCAGUGAGGUGCACUACUAUCAGCCACUAUGGACCUUGGUUGGCGCUGGUGCAAAGUCUGUAGCCUUGUCAAGCCGUCCCACUGCAAGUGUUAUACCAUCUGGAGUGAAGUGGGUGAAAUCUAAAGUUCAGGAAGUAAACCCAGACAAGAAUACUGUCUACACAGAUGAUGGGUCUCAAAUCUCCUAUGAGUAUCUGAUUGUGGCUCUUGGUUUACAACUCCAUUAUGAGAAGAUUAAAGGACUGCCAGAAGGGUUUGAGCAUCCAAAGAUUGGGUCAAACUAUUCAUUCGAAACUGUGGAGAAAACAUGGAAAGCGCUGCAGAACUUCAAGGAGGGCAACGCUGUGUUCACUUUCCCAAACACUCCUGUGAAAUGUGCUGGAGCGCCACAAAAGAUAAUGUACCUAUCAGAUGCCUUUCUCAGAAAGACAGGGAGAAGGGCACAGGCCAAGGUCAUAUACAACACAUCGCUACCUGUGCUCUUUGGGAUCAAGAAAUAUGCUGACUCACUGUGGGACAUUGUUAAACGCCGUGACUUACAAGUGAAUCUGAGGCAAAACCUGAUUGAAGUUCGGGCAGACAAGAAGGAAGCUGUGUUUGAAAAUCUUGACAAACCAGGUGAAACCAAAGUGAUUGAGUAUGAAAUGCUUCAUGUCACACCACCAAUGGGGCCCACUUUGGUGAUUAAAGGCAGUGCACUGGCGGAUGAGGCUGGUUGGUUGGAUGUCGACAAAGAGACCCUCCAACAUAAGAGGUAUCCAAAUGUUUUUGGGAUUGGAGACUGUACCAAUCUGCCCACAGCCAAAACUGCUGCUGCUGUUGCUGCACAGUCUGCCGUCUUGCACAGAACCAUCAGCAAAAUCCUAAAAAAUGAGAAGCCAGAUAAGAAGUACGAUGGCUACACCUCAUGUCCACUGGUUACAAGCUACAGCACUGUGAUUCUAGCAGAGUAUGACUACAAUGCAGAACCACUGGAAACGUUCCCUAUCAACCAAGCCAAAGAAAGCAGAAUAAUGUACCACAUGAAAGCUGAUAUAAUGCCCCAACUCUACUGGCAUGGGCUUCUCAGGGGCCUGUGGGGUGGGCCAGGACCAUACAGGAAACUAUUUCAUCUUGGGAUGAAGUGAAACCUCGAUAUCAGCUUGAAUGCUAAGAGUCAGUUUUAAAAUUAAAAGGAAAAAUAGCACAAGAAAGUCAUCAAUCGUAAUCCCUAAAAUGGUGGACACACACAUGCCAAAGUGUGGUAAUACUUAGAGCACUGUCAUCAUGAUUAAUCAUCAGGUUGGGUGAAGUUGUGAUCAUUAUUUAACACCCUGGUGCCCAUUAUCGAACCAGCAUUGAGAGUUUUAUUGGAGCAGAGGUUUUGUAUAAUAAUCCCAUUCCUCAAUAAUUUACAACCCUAGGUGUACUAGUGUACUUUCAGAGGCCAGUGAUUCCCAGACUGUAGCACUUGUAUGACUGAGGUUCCACCUGGUGGUACUCCAGACUCUUGCUCAAAGGCCUAACCACUGCACUGGUCCAAGUCCUUAACUUAGAAACAAAAAAAUGGCAUUUAAUAUUUUUAUGAACAAUUGGAGGCGCAACAAUACACUUUUAACACUAUUUUUAAGAAAUCUUCAAUGAUGAAAUAUAUGACUUGAAAUUUUCUUUUAUUUGACUGAAAGCCACAAAAUACAAAACAAUGCAGGUGCAUUUUGAAAUGUUUUAACUAGUCAUCUUGGAGUGAAUGUCACUUCUACUUUCAGAGUAUGAAUUAUCAUAUGUAGUAAAAGACAAUAUGCUGUAAAAGGUUUUGCCACAAACUCAACUGACUGGCUUCUCUCCUCUAUGAUACCACAUGUGCCUCUUCAGACCUUUUAACUGUGCAUGAACUAUUUAUGAGCUUCUAAUUUGUAACUGAAGCUGUGUGUGACCUACUAACUGAACUCGUUUCCACAAAUUGAACAUAAAAAAAGUAGUGGGGGCAUCUUCUGUGCUAAUUUCACCCUCACACUCACAUCAUGCUGGCUGCUGCUCCUGUUCUGUUUUUGCUACUGAUAUCGCGAGAACACUUUUCAUCUUGAUGAUAAAAAUAGUCAUGUUUUAAUAUCAUGUCGUCACACCCCUACAAUUCAGACAGAAGGGAAAUGACAGCGACAGUCAGAGCCAACUGCAAGUGCAACAUCUGUGUAAUGGAGCAGUUUUUGUUUGUGGUCUGGUUAAUAAUUUUUUUUAUUUUUU